AUGCGUUAUUUGUUGGCAACUUUUUUGGAACAGAUUCCUCGUGGAACGUUCCACAAAUUAUACCAACCAGGGUCAAAUUGACAUGUUUGGACUGCAGCCCUUGUCUCCAUUGACAGUGCAUGUUAAAUGCAUGGUGGUAUUUUAUGGAGCGAGGAAGAUGUUAGGUAACUUGGUGAAAGGUAUCAGUAGCUUAUUUCCUGAAUCACUCCCCACACUGCGCGUUCGCGCACUACUUCUUGGCUUCUUUCCGAAGAUACGUUAAGGACUUUCUUCCUUAUUUUCAAUUUUUCCCCGUAGAUGAUGCAACGAUGAUUUUCCUCUUGACUAUAUUGGCAAGUGUUUUCCAAACAGGUUGGACGGGUGUCAAUGAGCACAGCUUCAUAGCUGUGAAACCGGAUGGUGUGCACCGGAGGCUAGUGGGAGAGAUCAUCCGGCGCUUUGAGAAAAAGGGCUUCAGAUUGGUGGGAAUGAAACUAGUCCAGGCGUCCGAGGAUCUCCUGAGAGAGCACUACAGGGACCUGAGAGACAAACCCUUCUUCAAUGGAUUGGUGCGCAACAUGAGCUCUGGACCCAUCGUUGCCAUGGUGUGGCAAGGUCUGGAUGUGGUGAAGAUGUCGCGCAAGAUGCUGGGGGAGACCAACCCGGCAGACUCCCUACCAGGAACCAUCAGAGGAGACUACUGUUUGGAAGUGGGCAGGAAUGUGAUCCAUGGCAGUGACUCUGUGGAGAGCGCUCAGAGAGAGAUCUCUCUGUGGUUCAGGCAGAAUGAGCUACAGUGCUGGGAGGACAGCAGCGGACACUGGAUCUAUGAGUGACACACACACACCACUUGUAGACCACCCAAGUGCCUUCAGAAACUAUUCAUACCCCUUUACUUUUUCCACAUUUUGUUUUUCCAAGCGGGAUUAAAAUAGAUUUAGUUGUCAUUUUUUUGCGUCAACGGUCUACAUAAUACUUUGUCAAAGUGCAAGAAAUUCUAACAUAUGUACAAAUAUUCAUGAAAAAUAGAAAACAAAUAUGUCUUUAAGUAUUCAUACCCUUGAGUCAAUACAUGUUAGAAUAACCUUUGGCAGCAAUUUACAGCAGUCUUUCUGGGUAAGUCUCUUAAGAGCUUUACACACAUGGAUUAUACAAUAUCUGUACUUUAUUCUUUUGAAAAUUCUUCAAGCGCUGUCAGGUUGGAUGUUGAUCAUGCUAGACAGCUAUUUUCAAGUCUUGCCAUAUAUUUUCAAGCUGAGAUGAAUGAGAUGAAAUAAAAGAUCCCUGAAAUGUUC